AUGGCCUUUUUACAAUUACAGAAGGACCUCGACAAGCUGACUGGCUCAGCUAAGUUAUCCGAUGCGGUACAAGAUGUCGACAAGGUCAUAGAACUUCUCACCGCUGCGCGAGAAAGGGUGGCAUCAGCAAAUAACCCUCAUACUACUAAUCUAACCCUCGCCAAACUACAAAAUCCCAUAAAGGAGCAACUAGACGUCUUAAAUAGUAAUUUAAGACAUGUCUACAAGGCCCAAAAUGAGUUCAACAAGUCCCUAAAGAAUGCCCUUCCUAAAGCUCAGGGCACUCUACCUACCGAACACGACCCCAUGGAGUCGCACUCGACUCUUAUAAAUCGCGCUAUCGUCAUGCAUCUAUUACGAGAAGGCCAGUUUGGCGUGGCCUCGACAUUUAUCAACGAAGCACAUCAACAACCCGAGCCUACGCAGAUUCAGCAGCCCAAAUCUCAACCAUCUGACUCUGAUUUCCAUCCAGUCAUGUCCCCCGAAUACCUACCACCUACCGACGCCAUCAUAUCCGAUACCGAUAUUCCCUCCGACCUAACGGCAUUCCAUUCUCAAGCCCUCCAAUCCUCCUUCGCCGAUAUGUACUCCAUUCUCUCUGCCCUCAAAGCACACAACCUAUUACCUGCUAUAAGCUGGGCCAGAGAGAAUUGCGUAGAACUUGAGGCGCGGGGAUCCAACCUGGAGUUUGAGCUCUGCAAGCUACAGUUCAUAUGGCUGUUUAAAGGCCCUGAAAUCAACGGUCUGCCUAAUACGUCAGAGAAUGGGGUGCAGGGUGCACUACAAUAUGCUAGGGAGAACUUUGGUCGUUUCCAGCACCGCCAUUUGCGUGAGAUUCGACAGCUCAGCGCCGCAAUGGUGUAUUCCCGGAACCUAGCAGACUCGCCGUAUAGUUCUAUAUUUGACAUCUCGGCAGCCUUCGAUGAGGUCUCGGCAUCGUUUACUCGAGAAUUCUGCUCACUUCUGGGUUUAUCAGCCGAAUCACCCCUCUAUGUCGCAGCUACGGCCGGGGCUCUAGCUUUGCCUCAAUUGGUGAAGUAUAACUCCAAAACAAAGGCGAAGGGCACCGAGUGGACGACGGCCAACGAGCUAGCUUUCGAGACGCCGCUUCCUCGGAGCAUGAUGUACCACUCUAUUUUUGUAUGCCCCGUGAGCAAGGAACAAACUACGGAAUCAAACCCGCCUGUCAUCCUACCUUGUGGUCACGUUUUAGCAAAGGAGAGUUUGCACAGGCUAGCUAAAGGUAGCCGGUACAAGUGCCCGUACUGCCCUAGUGAAGGUGUUGUUAAGGACGCAAAGGAGAUCAUACUGUAA